AUGCGGCGCUUCCCCGCCCCUUCAGCACACGGAGGCCCCUCAACACCCUCCGCGCGGCGCUCAGCCGAAGCGCCGAUGCAGUACGAGUGGGAGCAGCCGCGGCAGUUUCCUGCUUCGCCUUUUGCGAGCGUUGCGAGGGGAGGGGAGGGGCAGGAGGAGGGACAGCCGGCUAGGAAGAGAACGCACUACGAAGCGAUGGAUGUCGACACCCCUCCUCGACCCUCCACCUCUUUCCCUCCCUCCGCAACCGCAACCUCCGAUCCCUUCCACUUCCGCCAACCCUUCUCCGCUUCCGAGCCCUCUACCUCCACGCCACCACUCAGCUUUGACGCAGCCGAGUUCCAUCCGAAAGAGGCGCUCGGGUUGGCAGGCGAGGAGGAGGUGCAGGAGGUUUCGAUGACUGCGGCGGACGAGUCGGAGAUGUUGGAUGACGAGAAAGACGUGGAGGGGAAGGAGGAGAAGGCGUUGAUGCUACGGAGGGGAGGGAGCGAGACGUCGAGUCGGAGGAGGCAAGCGAGCGGGUCGAGCAGGCGACGCAGUGCACAUCGAAGCGGCGAGACGGACGACGAGGGCGACGAUGCGCACGAUGGUGCUGGCUUCCUCGGCGUGUUGAAGAAGACGGUUGGAAGGCAGGUGGGCGACUCGCAGUUCAGCUUUCAGGUGCAUCACCAUCAUGCGCCUGGGAUGGGCGGGAUGCAGCAGCAGCAGCAUGAGGCGCAGCCGGAGCGGUGGAUGCGGAGUAGCACGCCUUACGUUCUCCUCGGCUACCUCCAGUUUGGCUCUCUCACCCUCCUCGCCGUCCUCGUCCUCUCUUUACUCUCCCUCUUCCUCUAUACCCUCUACACCGACAUCCAAGCACGCCUCGCCGAGCUCACCGUCGAACUACGCUCCGAGAUCGUCCAGUGCGCGAAAGCGUACGUCGACAACUUUUGUCAGGAGAAGAGGAUGCCGGCGCUUGCGCGGCAGUGUGUCGAGUGGGAGGAGUGCAUGAAUAAGGAGGUUGUGGUCGUGGGCAAGACGAGGGUCGUGGCGGAGACGCUGGCGGAGGUGGUCAAUGGCUUUGUCGACGUGAUCAGCCUCAAGACUAUGCUCUUCGUCCUCCUCACGCUCGGCAUCACGAUCUACGGCUCGUCCGUCGCGCUCUCCGUCCUCGCCUCCCGACCCUCUCCACCUCCUCCCUCCCCCUCUCCCUCCGCACACCCUCACUUCCCCCACCUCUCACCCUACGGCACGCCCGCGUACCCGUACGGCCUCCCUUACAACGCAGCUGGGUCGCAGUGGGUUGUCGAGAAUGACGGGGGAAGGAAGGAGCAGCUGGGACUGGGUGCGCCGGCCGAGGGGAGGAAGAAGGAGUAG